AUGUGCCCUAGUGCUCAGAAUAAAAGCUACGAUCGGGAAUUACGGAACUGGCCAAAGUAUUCAAUGCAUGGUGAUCCAGAUAUAGGCGAGCAUGAUCUCGUUAUUUCAAGUGUUUCUCGUGAAGAUGCUGGAACUUUUGAAUGUCAGGUCUCGCCUACUGCUAAUCAGCCACUACUUCGAAGAAGUACGAAUUUGUCUGUCUUGGUUGUACCUUCAAAGCCAAUAAUUAUGGCACCUCCAGGUGAACCCCAGCCAAGCAAGAAUGGACAGCUGGUGAUAUCUCGUCCAGGACCUUUAGGCGAGGGAGUUGCCAGUGAGCCAUCCAUUCUGGAUGACAAGCUACGACUUAUCUGUCAAUCCAAAGGCGGUAUACCAACACCCUCCUUCGAAUGGUUUCACAACGGUAUUUCAGUGAGACCAAAUUACCUCGAAACUACUGCCUCGCCAAGUGUUGAUAUCUACUCAUCAUCCAGCUCUGGAACUAUGAACGAUGGCGAGGCAGUCUUGACAAUACCAAAAUCAGAUCUAACAACCGGAGAUCGGCUGACUUGUCUUGUUAGUAACAAAGCUACCCAACGAUCAACGAAUGUGGGCCAACAGAAACUUUUGGCAGAAAUCAUUGUUACCGUUCAGACACCACCCGGAGCACCCGUUAUUCUCUCCUCAGAAGGGAAUAUCGUCGACUCAAUAGUAGCCAACGAGGGUGACACCUUGAGUCUUGUCUGCCAAUCGAAACCACCUGGAUCACCUCCGGGUGAAUUGAUUUGGAGAUGGGAUCAGCCACCGGACUCCCCCCACUUGUCUUCAACCGACUUAAGCAAACUUCCCAAUUUGGGUCAAUACUCGCGUCACACUUCGGAUCGACAUCAAUUGGAGAGCCACCUAUCUCUCCCAUCUGUUAGACGAAGUCAAAAUGGCCUAGCAAUUGUCUGUGUCACGCGACACAAACUCGGAAUGGAGCAGAAGGCUAAAAUAGUGCUCAAAGUAAAAUACACAUUUUCUGGAGUAUGUAUCUACAAAAACGAGUUGAGUGGACUAAGACUACCAACCGGCACUGGGAGUCCAGAAGCCACUGUCGAGUGUCCAAAUACUUCCUCCUCUUCUUCCCAGUUUCCCCGAACGCUUUAUAUCCACCCCGACAAGAAACAGAUUUUCUCCUGUUCCACCACUCCUUUCUACGGUCACGCGACAAUCAAGUGGUUUGGGGCUCUUUCAAUUAGCAGUGCCGAGUGGUACGAUUUAACCAACUUCACGUCGAUUCCAGAGUUGAAACGUGGCGGUCCAAAUGGUGCCAGUUACAUUAAAACGGUGUCUUUACGACUUCCACCUGCAAAUAUAGCUAGAUUUGGAGCACUGCAGUGCAGGGGCUACCCAUCUGCAAUUGCCGAUAUUUCCAUGAACACAGAUAUAAUGAAUCAAGUUAUUCUCAAACCCUAUGAAGCCCCUCAACGCCCGACAAUUCGCGUAGAAACUACACGAGAAAGUCUGGAAGAAGGCGAUAUUCUGAAAUUGAAAUGCGAGGCGAUUGAUGGUGAACCGGAAGGAAAGAUCUCAUGGCUUAAAGCUACACGGGACAAUGCAGAAUACACACCGAUAUAUCUAAUUUCAACAACCAUGAGCGAUAAACAUCGAAAGAGAAUAUCCUCAAACCUCGACAUUCAACUCACCGGGGAUGAUCAUCUUUCUUCCUUCAAAUGUGCUUCCUCAAACCCCGGAUUCCCUGUAAUAGAAUCUCAAAUGAGUGCCGCUUACCAUGUAAACCUCACCUUCCGUCCUCAGCAUAUUCGUAUUGAUCGUUUGGCAGAGACCCAUAACAUCCCCCAGGAAGAUCCUAUAGGGGAGCCCCCAAAAAUUGUCACUGUGACUGCAGGAGAGUUGCUGACACUCAUGUGUACUGCGGGACCAGCAAAUCCCCCUGUUCCAUUGCAGUGGAGACAAAUCACUUGCGAUGAGCCUUCCACUGACGGAAAUCGUAGUACUAUUGAAGGCUAUGAUGAUCCUGAAUCCGACCCCAGCAAAACAACCUGCAGUGUUAUCAACAACUUUGUCAUAGUGGAUACUUAUGACCUCGAAAUGAACGAAUCGCGACGGAUUCCAAUUGAACUCAUCUCAGGUUCUUGUGUUGAUAUGGGAAGUGAUGCCAAGGUACUUCCGCUACUUCGAGCUCGACUGGUUUCUAGAAGUCAAAUUUCUUUGCUCGUUCAGGCACAUCAUCACCAGUGCCGAAUUGAAUGCUCCACUCUGGAGACUGAAAGAGUUGGCGCUCAAGCCAAAUGGAGUGCUCAAAGUCCAGAUGAGACCACAAGGCUACGAAAAGAUAUCACAUUGAAUGUUCUCUUCAAACCCAACUUCUCGAAUAUUCUCAAUAAGUUGAACUCCUCAACAUCGAAAUAUCUCCCCCAAUUCGUAACAGUUGAAGGUUAG